CCCCGCUCUUUUGUCUGCAUCGCGGAAACUGGUAUUCCGUUCAGGAAAUACAAAACUAGUUUUUGGCUGAGAGUCACUCCCUAGACUUCACUAUAAAUUCCACCCUGAUUUACCUACGACAGGUGUGUGCCCAGUUUGUUGUAGGUGACUCAAACAUGAAUGCGACUGAAUUUCAGCUGCCUCUGACUGAGUAUGAUUUCGAGCGUCACUUUGAUGAGAGGUUUGCUAUUGAAUGGAUGCAGGACAACUGGAAAAAGUCAUUUUUGUUUGGUGCUGUGUAUGUAGUGCUGGUGUUUGGUGGACAGCACUUCAUGAAGGAAAGACAAAAACUUGAUCUACGUAGAGUGUUACUGCUGUGGUCCCUCAGUUUGGCCAUCUUUAGUAUCAUUGGAGCGGUGAGAACUGGGUGCUUCAUGUUGUACGUACUCCGAACCAGUGGUUUUAAACAGUCUGUUUGUGAUCAGAGCUUCUACUAUGGGCCGAUAAGCAAAUUUUGGGCUUAUGCUUUUGUGCUGAGUAAGGCCCCAGAGCUAGGGGACACCAUGUUCAUCGUCCUGCGCAAGCAGCGGCUGAUCUUCCUGCAUUGGUAUCAUCACAUUACCGUGCUGGUUUACUCCUGGUAUUCCUACAAAGACCAGGUCGCUGGUGGGGGCUGGUUCAUGACCAUGAAUUACACCGUGCAUGCACUCAUGUACAGCUACUACGCGGCUCGAGCUGCUGGUCUCCGUGUGCCCAAACCCUGCGCCAUCAUCAUCACAUCCUCGCAGAUUGCUCAGAUGGCCAUGGGGCUGGCAGUAAGUGCGCUAGUGUACCAAUGGAUGCAGGAUGGAGACUGCCCUUCUUACAUAGAUAACAUAGUGUGGGCUUCACUCAUGUAUCUCAGCUAUCUGCUCCUCUUCACUUCUUUCUUUUAUCAGUCUUACGUGAAGGGUUCAAAACCCACAGCCAACAAAACUGAGUGAGAUGCAGCUCUGAGGGUUGAAUACAAAGUUUUAUUUCUGAUGGUUUACCUUGUUAAAAUACAUUAUUUAUUUCAUGUUUUAAAGCAAGGUGAACAAUGAAUGUGUGUGUGUAUAUGUUUUUUAAACGACAGCCAGACUGUAAUAGCUAUGUCUCAUGCUGUUUAAUGGCUGUUAUUUGUUCGUUAUUUUUCUAGUUGGUAUUAGCGGAGCAAAGCGCAUCAAAUACAGCUCUAGAUUUUGCUGUUGAGAGCUUAAAUGGUUUUGAAGAGCUUCCAGACAUUCUUGAAGGGUGAUUUGAAUCCUGUGGGUCCUCUAUGAUUCCCCCCCUCCCCAGUUUUACAGAACACAGUUUCUAAUCUUCAAAAGUCCAUGUUUGUUUACUCUUUGCAGACUUGAUAACAUGGCCUGAACUCAGCUGAAGCAUAGGGUGUUUGUUGUAGCCUGUGCCAAGAUCCUUGUACAAGUGAGCAGUUUGUCAAAAUCUAAAUGUAUAACUUGACAUGUUUUAAUUUGAAGAAUUUGGCCACAAAUUUCAUCCAUUCUGUACAUGCUCUUCUGGGUGUGUAGGUAUUGCUAGUUCAGUGUUUCCACCUCAUGAUGUCACAGAAACUUGAAUUAUCUGUGCUGACUGGUUGAGCAGGUUCCCAGACAUUUAAAUUGGGCAUUUUUGGCUGGAAUUCUCAAGGACGACACCCAUGUUCUCGUUCUCUCAUUCUGUGCAUGUUUCUGUCAUGAGUUCACUAUAGCUGACACUGAAGUUACAAUAUGUAAAACCAGUUGAGGAACGAUUGAUAUUAAACUCGCUCGUUCACCUUUGAAUAACACAUGGGUAGAGUCAUUAUGAAAUGGUUCCUUUUUGGUUUUGUGGCUGUACUGAGUUCUGGAUUGGUGCUUGACAGAACCCGUUAACUGUCCCUAUAAUGGUGUUUGUUACUUGAGUCAUUAGUAAUGUGCACAGUUUUAUUUAUCUUAUAUAUCACAGUCACAUUUGGGGUAUUUAUUUUUCCACUGAAAUAGCAAUGAUAAGGUUUCCAUCUAAAUGAUCUUUUAAAAAAUAUUGUAUUAUGUGAUGGUAGAGAACAAUCCUUUGAGAAUAUUUAGUGGAAUUAUGCGCUCUAACAUGGUAUCGUCUGAAACGUUGCUGCUACCGUCCAAGAUUUUUGUUGUCGUCUGUCCUCUGGUCUCUUCUGUCUGUUCCUGUUCAAGACUGUGAAAGACUUUGUCUACCUUUUUGUAUAUUUUCGUUUAAAGGACAUUUUGAUUAAGAGAUUUUAUGACUUUGUCUUAAAAUAUGUUGAAGAUGGCAGCCGUAUAAUUACUUUGUGUUAGGAACAGCAAAGUUGAAUGUAGUGCCACUAGCCUACAUUGCAAGGCAUAGUUUACUUCUUAACUUCUGCUUUUUAAAAAGGAGAGAAAUAUAAUGUAAUAAAGGUGCCAAAUGUAAAUAUUUCUGAUCACCUGUACAAGUUCUUAGCUGAUAUGAAGUACGAUUGUGUAUUUAUUUUUUGUCAUUUAAUAAAACUGUUUCCGUA